AUGGUUUGGAGGAGAGAUCUGAGCAAAGCGUUUGUGUGUGUCCUUGCCCUGUGGCUUGGGGUAUUGCUGCCCCCCUGCAAAACUCACAUUUACACAAACCGCUGGGCUGUGAAGAUUUUGGGGGGUACUGCAGAAGCAGACAGGAUCGCAGGCAAAUACGGAUUCACCAACCUGGGGCAGAUCGGAGAUUUGAAAGACCACUAUCAGUUCUCUCAUCAUGGGUUACUCAAAAGGUCCACCCUCCAAAGCCAAGGCAGACACAGCCUCAUCACCAUGGAACCUAAGGUGCAGUGGGUCCAGCAGCAGGUGCUGCACAGGAGAGUGAAGCGGCAGCACACAGCCCCCCCCAGCCCCCCCCAGCCCGUCCACUUCACAGACCCGGAGUGGGCCAACAUGUGGUACAUGGUAUGUACGCCUCCCUGCUAUUCACAUGCAUGUCAAUCAGACAUGAAAAUCCAGGGGGCCUGGGGGCGAGGCUACUCCGGCCGGGGUGUCGUGGUCACCAUUUUGGACGACGGCAUCGAAAGAAGUCACGCCGAUCUCGUGCAGAAUUAUGACUCUCAGGCCAGCUUUGACAUCAAUGGAAAUGACCAGGACCCCACGCCCCGAUACAAUCCCAGCAAUGACAACAAACACGGCACCAGAUGCGCUGGACAGGUGGCAGCUUCAGCCAACAACUCGCUGUGCGGCGUGGGUGUGGCCUUCAACGCCAGGAUCGGGGGGGUGCGUAUGCUGGAUGGAGAUGUGACAGAUGUGGUGGAGGCGUGGUCUCUCAGCCUGCAGCUGCAGCACAUCGACAUUUAUAGCGCCAGCUGGGGGCCGGACGACGACGGCCAGACCGUGGAUGGCCCCGGCCACCUGGCCCGCCUGGCCCUGAAGAACGGCGUUCGAUUGGGGCGGGAGGGGCGGGGCGCGGUGUUUGUCUGGGCCUCGGGGAAUGGAGGACAGAGGGGAGAUCACUGCUCCUGUGACGGUUACACCAACAGCAUCUACACCAUCUCCAUCAGCAGCACCUCCGCCAGUGGCAGGAGACCCUGCUACCUGGAGGAGUGUACCUCCACCCUUGCCACCACCUACAGCAGCGGAGACAGCUACCACAGGAAGAUAGUGACCACAGACCUGCGGCAGGGCUGCACAGAUAGCCACUCAGGGUCGUCCGCCUCGGCCCCCAUCGCCGCUGGAAUCAUCGCCCUCACACUGGAGGCCAAUUCACUGCUGACCUGGAGAGACAUCCAGCACCUCAUAGUGAGGACAGCUCGAAGGGCACACCUGAUCUCACCUGACUGGCAGACUAAUGGAGCCGGAUACCAUGUGAGUCACCUGUAUGGCUUCGGGCUGAUGGAUGCUGAGGCCAUGGUGAAGCAGGCAGAGGGAUGGACCCAGGUCCCUGCCCAGCGCAUGUGUGUGGAGAACACUGACCAGCAGGUCAGGACCAUCCAUCCUCAGCGUGUUCUGAGAGUGCAGCUUGGAGCCUCAGGCUGCUGGGGUCACUCCCUCCACCACGUCCAUUACCUGGAGCACGUUGUGCUUCGAAUCACCAUCACCCAUCCUCACCGCGGAGACCUGUCAAUCAAUCUCAUCUCACCCUCUGGGACAAAGUCACAACUGCUCGCCAACAGGUUAUUUGACCACUCUGUGGAGGGGUUUAGGAACUGGGAGUUCAUGACCACUCACAGCUGGGGAGAGAAAGCAGCUGGGAACUGGACCCUCGAAAUCCACGACUCUCCCUCCCAGCCCAGGAGCCUGAUAGAUACAGGGAAACUGACAGAGUGGUCUCUGGUCCUUUAUGGCACAUCUCUGUACCCGUACCCUUCUCUGCGCAAUGAAAAACCACGAGCUGCAGAGCCCCCAGCUGAGGAAGAACAGGAGUACAACGGAGCAUGUGACCCAGAGUGUGAUGAGUUUGGCUGCAAUGGACCAGGAGCCCAUCAGUGUAUUGGCUGUUUGCACAACGUUCUGAAGAACAACAAUAACACAAGAACGUGUGUGUCGGAGUGCCCGCAUGGCUUCUUCGCUGACAGCAGGGGUCGUUGUAAGAAGUGCUACUUCCUGUGUGAGACGUGCACGGGUUUCCGCAGUGACCAGUGCACUUCCUGUUGGUCGGGGCACCUCCUGAAGGAGGGAAGCAACCGCUGUGUGUCCAGCUGCGGCGAUGGCUAUUACCGCCACAACGAUGGGGGUGUGUGCAGGAAGUGCAGUGAAAACUGCAGGAAAUGCACUUCCUCUGACUACUGCACAGACUGCAGUCCAGGCCUGAGCCUACAAGGGGGUGUGUGUCAGCUGCUCUGUGAAUCAGGGACCUUCUACAGAAGCGAGAGCAGAACCUGUGAGGCCUGCCACCCAGCCUGUGCUGCCUGUGCUGCCUGUGCGGGUGAGGCAGCGUGCACCAGGUGUGCAGAGGGCUUUCUGCUGGAGGACUGGAGGUGUGUACCCUCCUGCAGCCAGAGAUUCUUUCCUGUCAGACUGGGUGGAGAGAUGGAGAACACCUGCCAAAGGUGUGACCUCAGCUGCCUCACCUGUGUGGGGCCGGGGGCAGAGGCCUGCAGCAGCUGUGUGACUGGUUUCCAUCUGCAGUCGGGCCGGUGCGCCCCCAGCACCAGCUGUAAGGAUGGAGAGUAUCAGGACGAGUUUGGGAACUGCCAUCUCUGUGACCCUACCUGUCACCUCUGCACAGGCCCCGAGGCUUGGGACUGCAUCAGCUGCCCACCAGACAGGUCCCUGCAUGAGGGCCGCUGUGACGCUGGCUGCUCUCCAGGGAAAUACCUGUCAGGUGCUCAGUGCCACCUGUGUGACCACACCUGUGCAGAGUGCCUGGGAGGGGGCCCACACAACUGCACCUCCUGCGACAAAGGUAACAGCAGAUACCUGCUGCAGGGUCAGUGUGUGGCUGCAUGCCCAGACGGCCACUUCCCCUCGCAGGGGGGCAUGUGUGAGCCAUGUCCUGUCAACUGCAUGGCCUGCAGCACCCCCUACUGGUGCCUCCGCUGCAGUGACUCCUACUACCCCAGCGCUGGAGUCUGCACACGCCUGGAGUGUGGAGAAGGUGAGGUGGAGGACCCGGAGUACGGGGAGUGUAUGGUGUGUGAGGAGGGCUGUAGGAAGUGUGUUCUCUACAACCCGAGGCACUGUCUGUCCUGCACAGAGGGAUUUUAUCAGUUUCAGGAUAGCUGCUAUAAGACGUGUCCUGCAAAGACGUACAGUGUGGAGGAGCAGAUGGUCUGUGAGAGUUGUGCUGAGAACUGCAUCAGCUGCAAUGCAAAGGACUGCUUCUGGUGUGAAGCUGAUCUCUUCCUGUCAGAUGGGAAGUGUGUAGAGGAGUGUCGGGAUGGUUUCUAUGGCGAUGAGGAGAGUCGGGAGUGUAUGCCAUGCCGUGAGGAGUGUGUGCGUUGCAGAGGGCCUGAGGAAGAUGAUUGUGAGUCUUGUGAGGAAGACGAGCAGCUGCAGGAUGAAGAGUGUGUUCCACACAUACACACCUGCCCUGGGAGCAGCUUCCUCUCUGGGGAGGGUGAGUGUGAAUCAUGUCAUUCCUCCUGUGAUUCCUGCUGGGGAGGAGAGAGGAACCAGUGCAGCACCUGUGUGACAGGCAGGUUUCUGACUGCGCAGCAGACAUGUGAGGUGAGGUGCCCGCCGGGCAGCUUUGGCAGCGAGGUGAGCGGCCGGUGUGAGAGCUGCCCGCCAGGCUGUGCCUUGUGUGCAGCGCCGGGCCGGUGCGAGAGCUGCCAGCCUGACCGCGGGACGCAGCUGUACCUGCAGGACGGACAGUGUGUCCGGCACUGCCACAGGGGGUACCCCUCGGGGCAGGAGUGUCGCAGCUGCGCUGCGGAGUGUGCAUCCUGCAGGGGGAGCAGCGCGCACUGCCUGAGCUGUGUGGAGCCCUUCGUCCUGCAUGGCCAGCUCUGCUCAGAGACCUGCCCCCCUGCACACUUCCCCCGCGCGGGACGCUGCCACACCUGCCCCCCCGGCUGCCAGAACUGCACUGGGGACGGUCUGUGUGCAGAACCGCAGGCCGCUCUGCACGACGGGGCAUGUCUGCCACACUGCCCAACCCACACCUUCCACGACCCCCACACCCGGGAAUGCAGGGAUUGCGAUGCGUCAUGCCUGACGUGCUCCGGGCCUCACAGGAGCUCCUGCACCGGCUGCAGGGAGGGGUCGAGGCUGGACCCUCAGGGCCACUGCGUCCCCCACACAGAGUGUCCCUCACACUCCUACAGGGACCCGCAGGGACAGUGCCAGCCCUGCCACGCCCACUGCCUCUACUGCAGCGGCCCUUCCAAGCUGCACUGCCUGGGCUGCCACCACAAACACUUCCUCCUGAAUGGGACCUGCGUAGAUGACUGUCCUGCCGGCUUCUUCAGAGACACAGAGCAGUGGCACUGUGAACGCUGCCCCCUGUCCUGUCUGACCUGCGUGGGCAGACUCCGUCACCAGUGUCUCACCUGUAAACCUCACCUGUUCAGAGAGGACAAGGCGUGUGUGGACACCUGUCAGCCCAGUUACUAUGGCAAUGUGACGACAGGCACAUGCGAAAGGUGUGACCCCAGCUGUGGAGAGUGUAGUGGCAGGGGGGACAGCCGCUGUCUGAGCUGCAGGGACGGACACCUGUACCUGCGGACACACGGAAACUGCCGGCUGUCCUGCCCACCUGGCUACUACCCUGACACCCGCGAGAGAACAUGUGAAAGGUGUCACUCCACCUGUAAAACCUGCACAGAAAAUGGAUUCCUGGCCUGUGAUUCCUGCCACAUGGGAUACACUCUCUCCGGGGGUAUGUGUGAGUCCCAGUGCACUAUGGGACAGUACCCAGCCUCUGAGGGCCCUGGGCCCUACAACUGCACCACGUGUGCUGCUCCAGAUCUCCUGUCCGCCGGGGGGCGCUGUCUCCCCUGCUGCGGCAAUGAGUCACAGCAAUCAAAAGAGUCCAAGACCCUCCCACUGGAGUGCUGCAACUGCACGGAGACUGACGUCUUCCUCUUCAAGCGGUCCCGCUCGAAGGACACGUCCCAGGAGAAUGUCAGUGGCUAUAAGAAGCUAGGAAACAGCAGCAGUCACUCCAGUGCAGCGACAGGCAGCCGCCACCAGGAGGAGCAGCUGGUGGACCUGACUGAUAGGGAGGAUGAGGAGGACAUUGUGUACAUGGGGCAGGAUGGGACUGUCUACCGCAAGUUCAAAUACGGCCAGCUUGGAGAAGAGGGGGAAGAGGAGCUGGAGUAUGAGGAUGAGAACUCAGCUGUUUUCAGCACGAUCCGCAAGGCGACACAGAGCCAGCCGCGAGACAGAGCCAGCCGUGAGGCGAGACAGUGCCAGCCGCAAGGUGAGACAGAGCCAGCCGCGAGGCGAGACAGAGCCAGCCGCGAGGCGAGACAGGGCCAGCCGCGAGGCGAGACAGGGCCAGCCGCGAGGCGAGACAGAGUCAGCCGCGAGACAGAGUCAGCCGCGAGGCGAGACAGAGCCAGCCGCGACACAGAGCCAGCCACGAGGCGAGACAGCGCCAGUCGCAAGGCGAGACAGAGCCAGCUGCGAGACAGCGCCAGCCGCGAGGUGAGACAGGGCCAGCUGCGAGACAGAGCCAGCCGCGAGGCGAGACAGAGCCAGCCACGAGACAGAGCCAGCCGCGAGGCGAGACAGAGCCAGCCGCGAGGCGAGACAGCGCCAGCUGCGAGACAGAGCCAGCCGCGAGACAGAGCCAGCCGCAAGGCGAGACAGCGCCAGCCGCAAGGUGAGACAGAGCCAGCCGCGAGGCGAGACAGAACCAGCCGCAAGGCGAGACAGAGCCAGCCGCGAGGCGAGACAGCGCCAGCUGCGAGACAGAGCCAGCCGCGACACAGAGCCAGCCGCGAGGUGAGACAGAGCCAGCCGCGAGACAGCGCCAGCCGCGACACAGAGCCAGCCGCGAGGCGAGACAGAGCCAGCCGCGAGGCGAGACAGAGCCAGCCGCGAGGUGAGAUAGCGCCAGCCGCGAGGUGA